ACCAAAAUUGUCACGUUUUUUUUUUCUAGUGUUUUAGUUAUUUACAACCAUUGUGAAAAUCUUAUAUUCAGAGAGUUUAUUUAAUACUUUAGUGUCUUAAUCAACAACCACAAUGGCUGGAAAUCUUUCAUCUGCAAAAUUUGAGGAGCAAAACCAUACGCAAUUGAGUCUCAUGCGAAAAUUGAUAAACAUGGUGAACGCCCAACGUCUAGGAAAAAAUAGAGGUCAUUGGAACCAUAAAGCUUCUAUUAAUGGAUUAGUAAUCGUAGUGGUAUUGCUCGUUACGUGUGCCGCCAUAUCGUGCGCCUAUCCGACGGACAUAGCUGAGACCAACAACACAAGAAGGAUCAAUAAUUGCUCGGCACUGAAGACCUGUCAAAAAUGCGCUGAAUGGGGAUCGUGCGUUUGGUCGCUGGAACGUCAGGCGUGCUUCGCCGAUUACGGAAUGACGCUGUCGCUGGCGGUACGCACCAACACCGAUUGUCCUCGGGUGACGGUUGUCGAAAAGGUGACGUAUGCGGCUCAUCUGCCUUACGUGUACAAGGUAAAGGUGUCCAACGACGUAACCGGGUUCGUGGCGUUUCUCAAGCAGACGCAGGUGUCGUGUGUCAUGUUGGAUGUAACGCGUCCCGCAGAGAUGUCCGGCGACACGAUCAGUUGCGCUCCGGUGAACAAAUCAGAUCUGGGCUUCGACCACCAGACGUUGAUGACCUAUCACUGUUACGUGAUGUUCGGCGAGGGUGACACGAUACUGCGGAUGGACGACGGCGCCGAUAGUUUCUUUACGGUGUACGACGAAUUUUACUACGGCUACCGGCCGGACGAAGGUUGCGUGGCCUGUCUGUGGGACGUGGGACAGUACGCGUACUAUUUCAAGUGGUGCCCAAGCUGGAACACAGUCACGGGCCAGUACAAGUACUACGUCGGUUACAGCGAUAUCGAUCGCAAUGCCGCGAUGCCGGCCAACGACCGCCUUUCGGCCACGGUGCCCGCGUCUUCCGGGUGUGAGGACGUGCGCAUCCUGUCCGUGGAACCGUUGUCCGCUCUGUGGACGGGUGGCGUGCGCGUCAACGUUACUGUGAAUAACCACGUGACGUUGGCCGACGGUGGCGGUGAGGUGAAAGUUACCGUGGCCGGCCGCAAGUGCGCACAACUGACGUUGAUGGAUCGCGGGACCGGAGUCACGUGCGUGCUGGCCGUUGCAGGCCCCGGUUACGUGCGACCGCGAGCCGAUGUGACGGGCCCGGUACUCAUCACCUACGGGCCAUCGUCUCUGUCGGUCGAGUCGGCGCAAACGUUCCAGUUGGUCUACCCCGAGAUCACUGGCAUCAGCCCGUCGUGCGGCACACUGGUCGGUAGCACGCUGCUCACGAUCCGCGGACGACAACUGGACGCCGGCAGUCUCGUGACCGUAAACGUUACCGCGACCGACGGCGGAUCGUCGUCGGUACCAUGUGAAGUGGUCGCCCGGUACAAUGACCGCAUCCUUUGCCUGACCGGGCCGUCGGACAGGGUCAUGACCGGCACCGUUUCCGUGGUAUUCGACAAGACGCUGCGCAUCCAAGACGGUUCGUUCGUGUUCAUCUACACCUUAGAGCCCGUCUUAGCCGCCGGUCAACAAUUCGGAGGUAUCGCAUCCGGUGGUAUGACCGUGCCAGUGCGCGGGACCGGAUUUUCCUGCGUCGGUAACGCAACGAUGUACGCAGACCGAGGUGGCGUCCGCCACGUCGCCUCCGACCACUGCAGCCCGGUCAACGACACGUACAUGGUUUGCCGCACUCCAAAACUGGAUGGGCCGACUGCCGGUGCCUUACCGGAACGGUUACGUUUUGGGUUUCGCGUUCGGCAAGCCGACGGUCACGUUUUCGACAUGACGCCGCAUCCAGACAACGACGGGUACGAGGCGUAUGCCGACCCCAAGUUGGAGGAUUUCUUCGUGUCGGCCGCCAAUCGGUUAGUGCUAAUUAGCGGUGUGGACUUGGGAAAAGGUUACGGGCCUUCGGACGUCGGAGUCGUUGGGUUUACGAAUAAAGUGAUCCCAGCCGUUUGUCACGUGAAAACCAUCACCCGGCGCCACAUCGUUUGCGAGUUAGCCCCGCCGGCCGAUCUGAACAGCGUCGCCGUCGUAGUCGUCACUAUCGGCCACCAAUUCUCCAGCCAACUCAUCUUGAGAAAUAUCCCAGUUGAUGAGUCGGAUUUUUUUUUAGAAGUACUUAAAGGAUAAGUUAAGUUAAGUUAGAUGUUUGUAGUAUAGUUAGUUAGUAUAGUAAGUAUAGUAAAUAGUUAUAUAGUGAU